AUGCACCAGAAUUACCUCGCUCCUUCGGCCGCCUUCCAGCUUUCGGAAGUGGCCGAUUCUUGCAAAGGAAACAACGCCAGGGUGACACGUGGCAUUGUUACAAUGGCCACGGCGGGAGGUGAUGCCGGCGGGAGCAGCAGCGCUGCUGCGGGUGCGGUCGGGGCGGACGAGGGGGUGGGGGAGAUUCUCGCGUUCUGGUUUGGAGACUUCAUGCGGCCUGGAUAUAACGGCCCGCCUCCUGCACCGUCAGACGAGGUAGCCAAGGCGCGUGUGUGGUUCAGCAAGAAUGAUGACGUGGACGCUGUCAUUCGCACGCGAUUCGCACCGCUCAUCCCGCUCGCCGCGUCAGGCCAGCUGGCGGCCUGGGAGGACACGCCACGUGGCGCUCUCGCAUUGCUGGUGCUGCUUGAUCAGUUCACGAGGAACAGCUUCAGGGGCUCGCCAGAGGCUUUUGCACAGGACCACCUUGCUUUGGAGAUUGCUAAGCGGGCCAUUGACAAGGGUUUUGACCGGCAGGUGCCCGCAGUUGGUCGGCCUUUCUUCUACCUGCCGUUUGAGCAUGCUGAAGAUUUGGCAGCACAGGAUAGAUGUAUCGAGCUGAUGACUCAAAUGGUUGAAGAUGCUCCUGAAGGUCCCGUGAAGGGAUUUUUUAUUGGAGGUUUGAAUUUCGCACACAAGCACCGGGAUAUUAUCGGCCUAAGCGAGUCGGAGUCGGAUUGCGCGUCACAUUUUUCAAGAGCCAUGGCCGCUCAUAGCUCCUCCGACUUCCUGCAAGGGGCCCUCGCCCUCGCCUGCACGCUCCCCCCUCCCAGCAGCGCGCACUACUCCGCCUCCGCGCCCGCCCUUCCCGCAGAUUCCGCUGUCCUCCCCGCCUCCGCGCUCCCCUUCUCCCCACUCUCUCACUCCCUCCUCCGCAUGAGCGCAACCACCAAGCCGCUCACGCUCCGCGCCACCUCCCCCUCCCCGCUCCGCGACCUCCAGCGAAUCACCGAGCGCCACGUGGCACUCGCGCGCCAGUUCGCGCUUGGAUUCGCGCAGGAGGUGGCGGAAGCCGCAUUCGACCACCUUGCUGACGUGUACUACGCGCUCAUGCUGCUGGGGGAGCGCCUCCGCCUCCCCCUCCCCGGUUCCCCCUCCGCCUCCUCGUCCGCGGAACCCCUUCACCUGCUCAUGAAGCAAUCGAACGCGCCUUUCGCCGCCGUGAUUCCCGGCGAUACUGUAGCGGAGCUGGUGGUUACACAGGGAAUCUACAGCUUCCUUAACCUGUACAACACCGUGCUUAUAGUGAGGAUUCUCCUCACCUGGUUCCCCAACGCGCCAUCCGCCAUCGUCAGCCCCCUCAGCACUAUCUGCGACCCCUACCUGAACAUUUUCCGAGGGUUAAUUCCCCCAAUUGGGGGCACCCUCGAUCUAUCCCCGAUUCUGGCCUUUGUGGUGCUCAGCGCGUUCACCAACGCGUCCGUCGCCCUGCCCGCGGAAAUGCCCGAGGUGGGGGCUUCGGGGGAGUUUGUGGCGGGGGGAAGGGGCGGAAUGCUGGGCGGCAGGCGCAGGCGGCCUGUGAGGCUGACGCGGGAGCAGAGGGAGAAGAUGCGCGCAGCGUCGAGAGCAGCUGAGCAGGGGCAGGAGGCGUAG